AUGAAGGCACACUUGGAAAAGUUGGCUAAAGCCGACCUUAAAAUGAAGCAGCGGCUCGAGGAGCUCAAAUACGAAGAGGAGCUUGGAAAAGCUAAGGCGAAGAAGGAGGCGGAUGAGCUUGGAAAAGCUAAUCCGCCAUCGAGCUCCAGCAGCUCCGAGACCCCGCAAGGCAAGCCGCCAAAGCUGCCCAAAGUGGAGGAGACGAAGGAGGAGGAGGUCGAAGAGGAGGUGGACUGGGAUGCCGACGAGGAGGACAAAGAGAAGCUUGGAAAAGCAUCUCCUGCUCCGCAGCAGGGCAGGCAGGGCAAAAAAGGCUUUCGAUCCACCGGUGAGGUCAAGCUGACACCAGGGAGAAAGCUGGUGCAGCUGGACUUUCACAACUGCUUGGAAAAGCAGGGGUCGAUUCCCGCCGAAAACGUGGAGGCCCUGCACCGUCUGUGCGAUCACACGGAUGUGUACGUGUGUACGUACGUGACGACCUAUAAAAGGGAGAAGGAAGUGACCCGCCAGCUCAAAGACUUGGAAAAGUCGAUGCAGAAACGAAGCCCAGAGCUUCGCCUGAAGCUGGCGGUCACUUACGACAAGGUCGGCGAGCUUGGAAAAGCCGCCAUUGCCGACUACAACUCGGCAUCGUAUUGCAUAGACGAUGCCUGGCGGGUGAUUUCUGAAUGCCUUGAGUACAAGGUCUGCGAGAUGUGCUAUGCAGUGCAGACUCCGGAGCAGAAUCACUCCAAAUUCCUGAAAAGGAAGGGGGUCAAGGUUGUCAAGGACUUCCCCGAGGCAGUCAAUGACAUCCUCGACCUCCUGCCGCUGAACAAGAAGAACCUGCAGAAGGUUCCCGAGGCUUGGAAAAGCUUGAAGGAGAAGGUGGAAGAGGCUGCCGCCGCCAGCGAGGACCCGCUGGUCCAGGCGGCGGUACUCAAAGAGUCCUUGACGGACAAGGAGGCGCAGAGCGCCUGGGGCAAGCACAAAACGUACCUGAAGAAUGCACCGGAAGGCGAGCAGGCAGAGCAUGCUUGGAAAAGCAAGAAAGAGAAAGGCUUGAGUGCGGCUCUGUUCCUGCUCCAAAGCGAGGGUAAGAAGUACAUGGCCUCCAAGCAGGUCGUGGGCGCCUUGGAAAAGGUGAAGAAGAAGGACGCUUGGGAAAGCGAGAAAACCAUGCUUACCAGAUGGACGGAGCAAGAGCUGCAGGCUCACCUUGCCAGUGGCAGAGUGAGCUGGCGGCAGGACCCGAGCACCCCGGGAGUCUGGGAGUACAAGGACAAUCAAAGAAUUGUCCGUACUUCCGAAGGCACCCGGGGUGCCACUUGGGAAAGUGGGGUCGAAGGGGAACAGACCCCAGACAACUUGGAAAAGUUCCAGCAGCUGUACGGGGACGAGGCCAUGGCCAUGCCCAGCAGUGGCAUGGUCAGCAGUUCCUUCAAAGGGCCUGGAAAGGGCGGCAGCAAGGGCUCGGGAAAGCCGGCCUUGAAGGGCAAGCCUGGCCAGCUUGCCCUGGAGGACGGGAAGGCAGACGACGAGGGCGAGGAGCCUUCGCUCGAGGAGCAAGUGGCGAAAGCAGAGGCCGCUGUUCGCAAGGCCAUGAGCCAAGCCCACAAGUGCAAGACAGAGCUUGAAGAGACCUUGGAAAAGGUCAAAGGAACCCUGUCCAAGUCGAGGCUCGCCAAAAGCACGUGCUGGCUGGCAAGCUUGGAGAAGCAGGAGGGGGUGCUCAAGACGACCCUGAAGAAAAAGCAAGGGCUCGCUGCUCUGAAGAAGGUGUUGGAAACCACAGCCCAAGUGAUCAAGCAGGCUCGAGACGAGCGAAAAGAGCUGCGACACCUGGAGAACAAGGCUCCAAGUGUUGCCAGCAGCAAGGGGAAGUGA